AUGAUGCCUACAAAAACCCCGUGGUCCCUGCUACUCCUGGCGAUCCUGAUACACCGUUUUCACUACUACUCUCGGCAUAAAAUACUCAGGCCCCGUCACAAAACAGAACAUCGCACCCCUUCAGUCGACGACCAAGUCAAAGAAGCCGUUAAGUGGGUGCAGCUGGAAUAUGUGAAGAAAUAUCACGAAGCAUAG